GACUUGUGUUUAUGUAAAGGUGGAAAGCCAGGGCCAGGGGCCGUGGUUAAGCCUCACUUGGCGCCUUGCUUGUUGUUCACAAAUCAACCCCCAAAACAUGGCAGUGGCUUCACUUAUCCACCAAUACCAAAUCUUCUGCUACUCAAACCCAAAACCCCAUUUUCAUUCUUCAAUCAAAACAAGAACAACACAAUGGUGUCUCAACACCAUUCCCAACUCUUCAACUGCCCACAAAAUAGCUCGAUUCUCUUUCAUUUGUUGUACUUCUUCUUCUCCGCCGCCGGAUACGGCUUCGCAGACGCCGGAGUCAUGCGUCAAUUCUGGACUCUCUCUCUUUUCCAAAGGAAGGGUUAGAGAAGCUCUGAUACAAUUUGAUACAGCACUUAGCUUGAAUCCUAAUACUAUGGAAGCUCAAGCAGCACUUUACAAUAAAGCAUGCUGUCAUGCCUACAGGGGGGAGGGAAAGCUAGCUGCUGAGUGUUUGCGCACUGCUCUUAAAGAUUAUAACCUUAAAUUUGGGACCAUCCUCAAUGACCCAGACUUAGCCUCUUUCAGAGCUUUACCAGAAUUCAAGGAAUUACAAGAAGAGGCUAGACUUGGUGGUGAGGAUAUAGGCGAUAGUUUCAGGAGAGACCUCAAGCUCAUUAGUGAAGUACAAGCUCCAUUUCGCGGAAUCCGGAGAUUUUUUUAUAUAGCUUUUGCAGCAGCUGCAGGAAUUUCCACUUUUUUCACAUUACCCCGGUUGCUCCGAGCAAUUCAAGGAGGUGAAGGUGCUCCUGAUCUAUUAGAGACUGCUGGAAAUGGUGCUGUAAAUAUAGGAGGCAUUGUUAUUCUGGUGGCACUGUUUCUCUGGGAUAAUAAGAAAGAGGAGGAGCAGCUUGCACAAAUAUCUCGAGAUGAAACUCUAUCACGGUUACCUUUACGUCUUUCUACUAAUCGGGUUGUUGAGUUGGUGCAGCUACGGGACACUGCUAGACCGGUUAUUUUGGCUGGCAAGAGGGAGACUGUUUUCAUGGCAAUGCAAAAAGCUGAAAGGUUUAGGACUGAGCUUCUUAGAAGAGGUGUUCUUCUAAUUCCUGUCAUUUGGGGUGAGGUUGAGGCAGCUCCAGUAGAAAAGAAGGGCUUUGGGGGUUCUGCGAAGGCUGCUGCUGCUCUUCCCUCUAUUGGGGACGACUUUGAGAAACGAGCUCAGUCUAUAACUACAAAAUCCAAGUUGCAAGCUGAGAUACGAUUCAAGGCUGAGGCUGUGUCCCCUGCAGAAUGGGAAAGAUGGAUAAAGGACCAGCAAAAAUCAGAAGGAGUCACUCCUGGUGAGGAUGUGUACAUAAUACUACGCCUAGAUGGUCGGGUUCGCAGGUCAGGCAAGGGAAUGCCUGACUGGCAGCAAAUAAUACAAGAGCUUCCUGCUAUGGAUAAUUUGUUAAGCAAACUUGAAAAAUGAGCCAUGGUUAACAAAUUAGACAUGUGUGCAAUCCAGAAGAUUUUGAGAUCUCAAGUCUUUUGCCGCUCAACAUCCUGCAUUACAGUGUAGAUGAAGAUAUCUUAUACAAAGUAUAAUUUUCAUUUGUUUUACUUGUUGUGUACUUGUUUUGGCAUUUUGAUGUCAUGAUGUGCAGUUUUAGUUUUCUGUUGUAUAGCUAAAAAGCCAUUCCUGUAGGCUAUCAGAUGCUGUGGAUAUCGAUUUGAUUAUGAAUUCAGCACGAAAAUUGAGUUUAAGCCCUUACAAAUACAAUGUUUAUUCCACUGAA